AAGGUGUCCAUGGCUGCAGAGUCAAUCACUCAAGAUUCAAGGAAACAGACAUUGGAGGCAUUGGAGAGAAGAUUUGCUGUUGCAAAAUUCUCUGUAGACAAUGAAGAAGGUGGUCCAACUUAUGCACAGCUCUCUCAGACUGUACAUGAAUAUCUGCUAGCUACUAAUGAGGAGUUUCUUGCUGGGAGAGAAAGUUCAGUAAAUGGUAUAUUACAUGAGCUUCUCCAGAGGGGAGAUUUGGCUCCAAAGUGCAUGCAAGGAUCAAGAAGCAUGAAAAUUGAUUACUGGAUCCUUCUUGAUAAUCUUGCACGAAGGUGUGGAGCAUCUACUGGUUCUUACAUUAGGGCUUUGCGAGUAAAUUCAAAACGAUCCAAGAAACACUUGUCUAAGAAACAACAUAAAAAGCAAGGAACAUUGGACCUUCCUCGAAAAUUCGACAAAUUUGAUAAUUUUAGGCCCAUGCAUGAAUUCUGGAAAGGUUACAUGCAACAGCUUCUUAAUGCGGCUGGGGAGAAUCAACUAGCUCAAUGUCUUCUUGAUGCGGAUCUACAUGGUGCCAUCAUUCUAGUUGUGGAGUGUAAAGUAAUUUCUUUUACUGGAGUUUGUGGCAUUGUGAUUCGUGAAACAGCAGAAACGUUUGGGGUAAUUACUGAAGAUAACAAAUUUCAAGUUGUUCCAAAAAAGAUUUCUGUAUUUGUAUUCCAUGUUGAUUGCUGGAAAGUCACUCUGCACGGGGACAAACUCACUUCAAGAAAAUUGGGACUAUGAUAUUUUGAUUUCAGGAAGAGUUUGUUUAAUAUUGGAGACCUUCUGCUCGAUCAAUCCGGUGUGGCGGAAUAACUCUUAAAAAUAGUGUUUCAGCAUGACUCAAACUUUGAUUUUUCCCGUUGUUGCCAAUGAUCUUAAAAGCUACUUUUAGCAUGUUGUCUUAUUUAGUGGUACUAAACUUGGUGUGUUUGGACCCGGUGGGGGUGCAUGGUGAGGCUAUGAGUUUCGAUAAUGUUUAUGAACAUAAUUGGGUGUUGGGGCAUAUGUGAGUACAAAAACAUAUGCUAAAAUAGGCAAUGGUAAAUAUGAACACCAACAAUGUCAAAUUUGCUCCAAAUUCAAGCUCACUUAAGACCUCAUAGGCACAUCAUUUUAGAUGUAAAGUCUUGGGAUGAAUACCACAUUGGUAAUGGAAGAACUUGGGGAGAGGAUCUUGACAAAGGGGGAUAGCAUGAGCAUUGAGUUUAACUCACAUUGAUAGUUGGCCACAACCAUCCAAUGUGGUGAUUCAAAUUGAUGGCGAGCGACAUGUGGAUGUGCUGUUGUUGAACGUGUUUCCCAGAGACUCCUUCAGCUUUCACACAUCUUGGUUUUUCGCCUCAGAUAUGUACAUGUAUGUCAGACCUAUAAUUUUACUAAAUAUAUGGGUGCUGAAGUAAGGAAGGACGUGUGUGUUUACAUAUAAUAGUGCAGUAGGUAAAGAAUAAAUUGCUGUCGGAAAGUGUUUAUUCUUAUUAUAUGAUCCGUACAAUAUUAUGUUUUGUUAGAAGUUUUCUGGACUGGAAUGCAUAGCAUUUGGUGUCAUGAUGGAAACAAUGAUGGCUGCCCGAUAUUGUUUGUGUUUGAUUUUCAAUUUAUAUUUUAAAAAAAUACAUUUGGAGGAUCCAACUUCACA